AUGGCGUCGUCCUCCGACGAGCAGCCCAAGCCGCCGGAGCCGCCCGCCGCCGCCGCCGCCGUGGUCGCCGCCACCGCCGUGCCGCCGCAGACACACGCCGAGUGGGCCGCCUCGCUCCAGGCCUACUACGCCGCUGCGGGGCACCACCCCUACGCCUGGCCGGCGCAGCACCUCAUGGCGGCGGCCGCGGCGGGGGCGCCCUUCGGCACGCCGGUGCCGUUCCCCGUCUACCACCCAGGCGCCGCCGCGGCGUACUACGCGCACGCGUCCAUGGCCGCGGGCGUGCCUUACCCGACGAGCGAAGCUGUCCCCGCGGUGGUGCUGGCGGCUCCUCUACCGGAAGGGAAAGGCAAGGGGAAGGGCGGGGGCGCGUCGCCUGAGAAGGGCAGCUCCGGGGCGCCCUCCGGCGAGGACGCCUCCAGGAGUGGUGACAGCGGCAGCGAUGAGUCGUCAGAGACUAGAGAUGAUGACACUGACCAUAAGGAUUCAUCUGCGCCCAAGAAGAGGAAAUCUGGUAACACAUCGGCUGAAGGUGAGCCGUCUCAAGCUGCUGUUGUGCGCUAUGCUGCGGUUGAGUCGCCAUAUCCCGCAAAAGGAAGGUCUGCCUCGAAGCUUCCGGUGUCUGCACCUGGGCGGGCGACGCUUCCUAGUGCCACCCCGAAUCUAAACAUUGGGAUGGACAUUUGGAAUGCUUCUCCGGCCUUGGCUGUUCCUGCAGUGCAGGGGGAAGCGAAUCCUGGGCUGGCACUUGCCCGACGUGAUGGCGUUACUCAACUGGAUGAACGCGAAUUGAAGAGGGAAAGGCGAAAACAAUCUAACAGGGAGUCUGCAAGGAGAUCUAGGUUACGCAAGCAGCAAGAGUGUGAGGAACUAGCAAGGAAGGUAGCUGACCUAACAACUGAGAAUAGUUCUCUCAGAGCAGAACUUGACAACCUCAAGAAGGCUUGCCAAGACAUGGAAGCAGAAAAUUCACGUCUAUUGGAACCAAGUGUCACAACCACAUUGGGAAUGAGCAUCGACCCACCAAAGGUGCAGCAUCAUGACGAUGAGGGCCAGCUCCACAAGAAAUCUAAUAAUAACAGCAAUGGGAACUAUGCGGGAGGCAGCCACAAACCGGAGGCUAACACUAGGUGA